AUGGACUACGAGUUCAAGUCGAAGCUGGCGGCCGAGCGCGAGCGGGUGGAGGACCUGUUCGAGUAUGAGGGCUGCAAAGUGGGCAGAGGCACCUACGGGCACGUCUACAAGGCCCGCCGCAAGGACGGAAAAGAUGAAAAGGAGUAUGCACUGAAGCAAAUUGAAGGUACAGGGAUAUCCAUGUCGGCCUGUAGAGAGAUUGCACUUUUACGAGAGCUGAAGCACCCCAACGUGAUUGCAUUGCAGAAGGUUUUCCUUUCUCACAGUGACAGGAAGGUUUGGCUGCUGUUUGAUUAUGCUGAACAUGAUUUGUGGCAUAUUAUCAAGUUUCACCGUGCCUCAAAAGCAAAUAAAAAGCCCAUGCAGUUGCCAAGAUCUAUGGUUAAAUCCCUACUCUACCAGAUCCUCGAUGGAAUCCAUUACCUCCAUGCAAACUGGGUGCUUCACAGAGAUCUGAAACCAGCAAACAUUCUGGUAAUGGGUGAAGGUCCUGAAAGAGGAAGAGUCAAAAUAGCUGAUAUGGGUUUUGCAAGAUUGUUCAACUCACCUUUGAAGCCAUUGGCAGACUUGGAUCCAGUUGUGGUUACAUUCUGGUACAGAGCUCCAGAGCUGUUACUUGGAGCCAGGCAUUACACAAAGGCCAUUGAUAUUUGGGCAAUUGGCUGCAUAUUUGCUGAACUAUUGACUUCAGAACCUAUAUUUCACUGUCGUCAGGAGGACAUCAAAACAAGUAAUCCCUUUCAUCACGAUCAGCUAGAUCGCAUUUUCAGCGUAAUGGGAUUCCCUGCAGAUAAAGACUGGGAAGACAUAAGGAAGAUGCCAGAAUAUCCAACUCUUCAGAAGGACUUUAGGAGAACAACAUAUGCCAAUAGUAGCCUCAUAAAAUACAUGGAGAAACACAAAGUCAAGCCUGACAGCAAAGUUUUUCUUUUGCUCCAGAAGCUUCUUACUAUGGACCCUACAAAGAGAAUUACCUCAGAGCAGGCUUUGCAGGACCCCUACUUUCAAGAGGAUCCUCUGCCUACAUCAGAUGUAUUUGCUGGCUGUCAGAUUCCAUAUCCUAAAAGAGAAUUCCUCAAUGAAGAUGAACCUGAAGAGAAAGGGGAUAAGAAUCAACAGCAGCAGAAUCAACAUCAGCAGCAAACAGCACCUCAGCAGCAGGCGCAGGCCGGGGCGCAGCAGGCGCAGCCGCAGCAGCAGAACAGUGCCCAGACCAACGGGACGGCCGGCGGCGCGGGCACGGGGGGCACGGGCACGGGCACGGGGCUGCAGCACAGCCAGGACUCCAGCCUCAACCAGGUGCCUCCCAACAAGAAACCACGCAUAGGGCCUUCAGGCACUAACUCAGGCGGGCCUGUCAUGCCUUCGGAUUAUCAGCACUCCAGCUCACGCCUGAGUUACCAAAGCAACAUUCAGGGAUCUUCUCAGUCCCAGAGUACAAUGGGCUAUUCCACGUCGUCUCAGCAGAGCUCCCAGUAUCACCAAUCUCAUCAGUCUCACAGGUACUGAGAGGGCUAACAGGCUGCACUCAGAAAGGAAUGGACUAAAAGCCAGAAGACUCCAGCAAUAUGAAGUUCAUAACGAUGAGAAGAACCAAAAAUAACAAACUAUGAUGCAGAAUUAAAAUUUGUGAUGACAAAAGGAAAACUUCACUCACUGAAGACUUCCCUCCACCCAUCCCCUGUCCCUUUAUUGCCAUAAAGGAGAUUCUCGUGAAGUUUUCCUUCCACCCUGCCCUUGCAUGUGUUCCAUUGUGGUUACUCUAAUGAACCCUUCUGAUCUGAACCCAGCACUUAACUUCUUUAACCUUUGGAAUUUUGAAGGAUUCCUGGUGCACCUUCCUUAUGCUGUAGUGAUUGCCAUAAAUCUGUCUUUUUGAGUCUCUUUGAUGGGAUUUUAAAGUUUUCAGAUCUUGAACUCCCAGGCUUUCAAGCUUGUAUAUAGUUAGUUUUAUACUAGGCAAACCAGUUUAGCUAUACAGGUAUAUUGCACCUUUUUAAAGCACUAUGUUAUUUUCACAGGAUAUUACUGUUUUGCUCAUGGAUGUCAAGAACAGCAAAAUUUUACUGUU